GGAUCACACCCCCUCCCUCGCCCCGGAAGAAGUUGUGGGGCUUGCCCCGGAAGUUGUCCUGGGCAGAGUCCGGCCCAGAGCGAGGCCCCGCGGUUGCCGCUAUCGAGAGUUGCAGUUGUUCCCGGGGCUGUGGAAGGACGGAGCGCUGCGGUCUCCCCGCCCCCGGAGGCUCGGCCCGGUCCAGUCCCGCCCCUGCCGGUUUCGCGGCCAGUCCUGGGUUCAUGGAGAACCUCAAGUGGUUGCUAAUGUGAGACGACAACAUGCCAUUUUGAAGUAUGACAGAAGUCCUGAUGCUGCAGCAGAGGCUAGGAAUAUUAAUGGCCAAAUCUAGAGAUUACAUGGUCUUCUAAAGAAGCCAUGGGUAGCUGCUGUAGCUGUCCAGAUAAAGAGACUGUCCCAGACAACCAUCGAAACAAGUUUAAGGUCAUUAAUGUAGAUGAUGAUGGUAAUGAACUGGGUUCUGGCGUAAUGGAACUUACAGAUACAGAGCUAAUUUUAUACACCCGUAAACGGGAUUCCGUAAAAUGGCACUACCUCUGUCUCCGUCGCUACGGCUAUGAUUCAAAUCUCUUUUCUUUUGAAAGUGGUCGACGAUGUCAAACUGGACAAGGAAUCUUUGCCUUUAAGUGUGCUCGUGCAGAAGAACUAUUUAAUAUGCUACAAGAGAUCAUGCAGAACAAUAGCAUAAAUGUGGUAGAAGAACCAGUAGUAGAAAGGAAUCAUCAUCAAACCGAGUUGGAAGUUCCAAGGACCCCUCGAACACCCACCACUCCUGGGUUCAGUGCACAAAGUUUACCUAAUGGGUAUCCAAGAUAUCCCUCCUUUGGAGAUGCUUCAUCACAUCCUUCCAGCAGACAUCCCUCUGUAGGAAGUGCACGGCUUCCUUCAGUAGGUGAAGAGUCAACACAUCCAUUGCUUGUAGCAGAGGAACAAGUGCACACCUAUGUCAACACUACUGGUGUACAAGAGGAAAAAAAAAAUAGAUCAAGUGUGCAUGUACCGCUGGAAUUAAGGCUUUCUACUGCUGAAACAAGCAAGACAACAGAAGAUCAAAAUUGCACUGAUGACCGAGAUGCUCAGGUUGUUCUGGAGCCUGAAGGAGUCAAAUUUGUUUUAGGACCAACACCUGUUCAAAGACAAUUAAUGGAAAGAGAGCAACUGGAGCAACUUGGGAGAGACCAAGUUAGUGGCAGCAGUACAAACACCUCUGAAUGGGACACUGGGUACGACAGUGAUGAACGUAAAGAAACACCUUCUGGUAAUAAACUAGUGUAUGAAAAUCUAAAUAGGUUAUCAAUCCCUAGUGCCUCAGGAGUCAGGAGAGGUCGUCUGACAUCAACAAGUACCUCAGAUACCCAGAAUAUUAACAACUCUGCUCAAAGGAGAACUGCAUUGUUAAACUAUGAAAACUUGCCAUCUUUGCCUCCUGUUUGGGAAGCCCGCAAGCUAAGUAGAGAUGAAGAUGACAAUUUAGGACCAAAGACCCCAUCUCUGAAUGGCUACCACAAUAACCUAGAUCCAAUGCAUAAUUACGUAAAUACAGAGAAUGUAACUGUGCCAGCAAGUGCUCAUAAAGUAGAAUUUACACGACGUCGGGACUGUACACCAACAGUCUUUAACUUUGAUAUUAGACGUCCAAGUUUAGAACACAGGCAGCUCAAUUAUAUACAGGUUGACUUGGAAGGUGGCAGUGACUCCGACAACCCUCAAACUCCAAAAACUCCUACCACUCCACUUCCACAAACUCCAACCAGGCGCACAGAGCUGUAUGCUGUGAUAGACAUUGAAAGAACUGCUGCUAUGUCAAGUUUGCAGAAAGCACUGCCACGAGAUGAUGGUACGUCUAGAAAAACUAGACAUAACAGUACUGACCUGCCUAUGUGAGCCCAGGAAACGUUAAAUCAUUUGCACCUUUUGUGAAGUUUAUAAAAUUGAAGAUGCAAAUCCUUCAUUUGCAUUUUUUAACACUAAUGCCUUUUAUAGAGUAAUAGACUUUUUUUCUGAAUACUUCAUGUGCUUGUCUAACAAAAGGGAAAUAAUGUAGAGCAGGUACUCAUUAAAUGACACCAUUUUAUUCUACAGUAAUAGUAAUUGCUGUGUAGAAGCAUUGCCACUUUUCACAGUGCCUCUUUACUUGGUUAGAGUUGGAGUGACUGCCAGUUCUGAAGUUAUCAAUAUUCUGGCCAUGUGCCUAUAGUCAUUAAUGGCAUUUAUAACAUUUUAUAAAGCCUCUUGAUGUGCAUUACUAGCUGAUAGCCCUAAUCUUGCAAGGUUGAUAUUUGUACCUUCACUCUCUUCAUUCAUGUGGCCUCCUCCAAAAUGAGAGGUGUGAGUAAUUCAUUAUUCAAUCAGUUUGACUUACAUGAUAUAGUUUGGCUCAUGUGAAGGGAUAUAAACACCACGCUUCCUCGUAUAUAUGUCAGUUCAUUUUUUGAAGUCAUUUGGACAAGCUUCAGAUUCUUGAAGGUUUUUUUAAUUUCUGUAGCAUUGAGGAGUUACAUCAAGUUCACUUGGUCAGAGCUGGAGUUGGGUCUGAAAUAAGCCAUAAGUCAUUUCCCCUAGAAAAGAUUUCCAAGUGAUAGUACCUGAACAGUUUUACAGAAUUCUAAUCUGAGUUUUCUGAAGGAAUUCACAGGUUGGUUGUAUCUGUGAUUUUAAGGUGUUCUUUAAUUUCACAGUUCUGCUUACCUUUCCAUCUUCAUAUGUGCGAUGUCUUCUUUGAUCUAUUCUGUAAUGUCUGUAGGUUAAGAACAGUCAAGUUUUUGUGCAUAACUUUAAUUAUUGUUUAGGAUUUUUAUGUGUGUUGCUCCUAUUCAGUCUGCACAUUGUCAAAGAAAAAUCUCUUGAAGAUCCAGUGGGAACUUUUUUACUUAAUAGGGUUGCCUUUGUCCAGUGUUUUAUUGUUUUACUUUUUGUGUCUGACAGAAACAUCCCAAAAGUGUUAGUGUCCAGCAGCAUACAGCAUUGCACAAGUGGAAAGCUAUAUUAUGUAUUUUUGUCUUCCUCUGAAGCAUCAAAUAUAGGUCACC